UAUUCUGAUGGUUUGGUCUGUGAACUCAGUGAAAAAUACUUUUAACAGUAAAGGAAUGUUGGUGUCUUUCAGCCUUGUCUGUGCAACAUCAUGUGCCCUUUAGUGAGCCCCUCACCCUCCCUGGGGUCCUGUUAGGAAAGCCAUAUCCUGGGCAAGAUGCUCUAGAAUCUUGCAGGGAAAAUAAGGAGUUUGGUUUGGUGUAGUGGGAAGAACAUAGAAGUCUACUCCAGGAAUUUUCAUUUUAAUCCAGUUGGCUCCUGCAUGACCCCAGGGAAAUCACUUAAACAUUCCAUCUCUCAUUUUCUUCAUUGUACCAUGGGAAUUUUAGUCCCUGGUCUGGCCAACUUUAGUGCUGGUAUGAGGAUAAAUGGGACAGAGAUGUGAAGUGUUUUUUAAGUUUACUGGGCUUCAUGCAGGCAGCAUUUCAGGGGGACUCGUUUCAUUGUGGGUUAGGCAGGAACCUGCCCAGAACCCCGGCCUCUGAAAACACAUCCCGACUUCAGUGUCUGAGAAGGUCAAAGCUGCUCUGACAUGUCUUACAGAUGAGACUUCAUUUCCUAGGACAGCCUGUCUUGGCUAGAGCCCUAGGAGGUCAAGGGGACAGUGUCCCUAUAAUGCUUGUGCUGAGCCUGCACAAAGGAGCCCAGGCACUUUCGUGGUCCUCUUUGACUGCCCCCAUCCUCUGUAUCUCCCUCAGCUCCAGUAGCAGUGCUGGGUCUGGGGAGUUGGGAGCCUCCGCCCCACACCUCAGCACCUGCUUCUGCCUUGAAGAACUGCGGUAGUGGCUGCCGAAGCCUCGGCACUGCGCCUGCCUGGGACACUGUAAAGACCUUCCUCCUCGCGCCCUGCCUCCCCUGGCUCCUUCGCCCGCCCGCUGAAGUCACUGGUCUGUGCUGCAGUUAGAAACCCUGCCCGGAGCUGGAGCCACUGAACAGUGUAUUUGCUGGUCCUUACAGCAGGCUUCACCUUGACACUGCUGAGCAGAAGCCCAUCUCUGAAGGCCUCUUCUGCCUACUGGCUCUUGGAAGACUCUCUGCUCACCCACUGCAGACCUUUGCCACCCAUGCUGAGAUCCACCGCACGGUCCUCAGCCUAGGAAACUUCUCUGUACAACACUGCUUUGAUCAAGGGCCACCCUCCCUCGCCCCAGAACUCUCAGAUCAACCCCACAGACUCAUCGGAUGAAGAGUGCCUGAGAGACUAAUGGUCAGCUUUCCUUAAGAUGGAGAAAACAGAUGCCAAAGACCAGCCCUCUCAGGUGGAUGAAGAGAAGGACCCACCCAAGAGCCACCCUUACUCCGUGGAGACCCCAUAUGGCUUUCAUUUAGAUCUGGACUUUCUAAAGUAUGUGGAUGACAUCGAGAAAGGAAACACCAUCAAAAGGAUUCCUAUCCACCGACGGGCCAAGCAGUCCAAGUUUAGCACAUUGCCCCGAAACUUCAGCCUUCCUGACAGUGGGGCUCGGGCCCAUGCUGCUCUUCCCCACUCACACUGGUCCCCAGUGGUGCCAAGGAAGGUGUCACAUGAGUUGGAGGAGCGAGCCCAGACACGGCCACUUGGCGAUUCCUCCCAAGCCUUAGCCAGCGGCAGCGAGGUGAGCUACCAUAGGAAGGCCCUGCUGGCCGAGGCCACCAGGCAGCUGGGGGCAACUCCUCCUGAGGAUGCUGAACUCUUCCCUGGGGGUGGACGGCCCCAGCUUUUGAGAGCAUCCAGCAUGCCAGCCACACUGCUACAAAACAGGGCCUCCGAGGAGCCCAGCCUACCCUCAGCUCUCCCGCCACCUCCUGUCCUCCCUCCACUUCAGGGUGAAGGCAGUGAUGUUACCUUUGGCCCUGCGGAAGGAUUUGCAGGUUUUCACAGCUCCAGCCCACAAGCAUCGACUCAACCAAAAGACAGAGAGUUUGGAGACCUGGUGCCAGGGAUUCCAGAGCUGGUUCAGGAGGGGACCAAGCCUCUGGGGGGUAAAGAGGAGGCUCCAAAUCACCUCUCUUUCCUGGCUUCUCCUUCCUCAUCCCAGAGUGCACUCGUAGAGGAUGCAGAAGACAAACGUGAAACCAGAGAAGCAGAGGUGGUGAGCACUCCUGGCUCCCCAACACCAAGUCCCCCACCUCUGCCAUCACCCAUCCCUGAAAAUGAUCUCCCCCUAGAAGAAAUUGAGCUCAACAUCAGUGAGAUCCCACCCCCACCACCUGUAGAGGUUGAUGUAAGAAGUAUUGGUAUCAGGGUGACAGAGGAAAGCCUGGGCUUUGCCAGGGUGGAUCCCAGUAGUAUCUCCAGCCUGAAGCAGCAGGUCACAGCCCUUGAGGGUGAGUUGUCUGGAAGGAGUGAGGAGCUGGCCCAGGCCAGAGCUACCCUCCAGCAGCAGGAAGAAGAAAUCAAGGCCAGGGAACAGAGGAUUCAAGAGCUAGAGUGCACUGUAGCCCAACUAGAAGAAAAGCUUAGCCAAUAUAAUUCCAAAGACACUCAGGGCCAGACCGACGCCAUGGUGAACACUGACCCUCUUCAUGGACUCUCUACCAGGGAGGCAUAUGACAAGAGCAUUGGGGUCAACCUCCUGGGCAUGACAGAAUCUGAAAGCUGGGAGGCCAGAGGAGAGGAGAAUGGGCUCCUAUUGGGGCAAGGCAGCCACAAACAAGGGGAUCAGAGCCCAGCAGAAUGUAUGCUAUCACCCCCGCUCUCACUGCCGCAGGGACCUGAGAUGGUCCUCACCUCUUCUUUACAUAGCUGCCUUUCCACUGAACUCAGGAUAGAAGAAGUAGGUUCUGAGCAGGAGGAAGGCCCUCAGGUAGGAACCGAGGGUCUGGCCAGUGAAGCAGGAGGCCCUCCAUGGAGCAGCAGCAGAAAGACUCCUCCGGCAGGGAGGGAGAAGGCUGGUCCAGAGCUCCCAGGGAAGGAGCGCCCAGAAAGGCCACCAAGCUCACCCACAGAUGCCACUAUUGGGCAAUACGUUAAGAAGAUCCAGGAGCUCCUGCAAGAGCAGUGGAACUGCUUAGAACAUGGAUACCCAGAGCUGGCCAGCGCCAUCAAGCAGCCAGCCUCCAAGCUCAGCAGCAUCCAGAGCCAGCUGCUGAGCUCUCUCAACCUGCUGCUGUCCGCAUACUCGGCCCAGGCUCCCCCUCCGGAGCCCCCUGCCCCCUCCUCCUUCUCCCCGCCAAUGGAGAUCUCCCCGCCGACCAGCCUUAAAUCCAUAAUGAAAAAGAAAGACUAUGGCUUCCGUGCAGGAGGUAAUGGGACCAAAAAGAACCUUCAGUUUGUUGGGGUUAACGGUGGCUAUGAGACCACCUCAAGUGAGGAGACCAGUGGCGAGGACAGCUCCCCUGAAGACUUGUCGGACAGUGAAGCUGAGAAGAAAUGUGAUGGCCUCGAACACAGGCGGGGCAAAGACACCCACCCCAGCUACGAGACCAGGCAGGGCGUCCCUGAGGGCACCCACAAUGCAGGCCAGGAAGGCAGGCCUGGGGAGGAAAUCCCCCAUCCCAAGGCUGAGAGAUAUAAACCCUCUGAAGAAUUUCUUAAUGCAUGCCAGGCAUUGAGCCAACAUCUGCCAGAAAUUGGAACCACCACCGACCGACUCUUGAGGCAAAGCUUGAAUACCAUCAGUCAAGAGUGGUUCCGAAUCUCAAGCCGGAAAUCAUCUAGCCCUGCUGUGGUGGCCGCCUACCUCCGCGGGGUCCAGCCCUACUCUCCCCACUUCCUAAAGCUGCUUGUCAACUUGGCUGAUGGCAAUGGGAACACAGCCCUUCACUACAGCGUGUCCCAUUCCAACUUCUCCAUUGUGAAGCUGCUGCUGGAGACAGGUGUCUGCAGUGUGGACCAUCAGAACAAAGCUGGCUAUACCGCCGUGAUGAUCACGCCCUUGGCGUCUGCGGAGACCGACGAAGACAUGGCUGUUGUCUGGAAGCUCUUAAGAGAAGGAAAUGUGAACAUCCAAGCUACUCAGGGAGGCCAGACUGCGCUGAUGCUGGGAGUGAGCCACGACAGGGAGGACAUGGUCCAGGCGCUGCUCAGCUGCCAGGCAGACGUCAACCUGCAAGACCAUGAUGGAUCGUCGGCCCUCAUGCUGGCCUGUCGCCAUGGCAACGCGGACAUGGUGCGGCUGCUCCUGGCACACCCGGCCUGUGACAGCAGCCUGACUGACAAGGCUGGCCACACGGCUUUGUCCAUCGUUCUGAAAUCCCCCGCCCAUGUGGAAAUUGCAGGGCUGCUUCGGGCCCACGCGGAGCAAGGCAGGUCCCCAGGGCCAUAGGGGCUUCGGAAGAACUGGCCAAAGGAAACAAAAGGCGCCUUCUCUGAACUCCUCCCUCACCCUUGGAGAGGGCAGGGGUCAUAGCCAAGGGCCGCCCCUCAAAAGAAGAAACUAUGUCAAAUAUGCGCAUACAUUCCUGGUGUAUAAUUCUGCUCAUUAGGAUGCUUUGUAGUUUUUGCCUGAGGCCAAGCCCCGAAACUACACGGGCUUCAGAGCAUGGUGCAAGGUGCAGGGUUCAUCGGUGUCAUCUAAAAAUCCCAAACAUCUUCAGACGUGAAUUCCUCUUGACUCUCCCCUCUGUAGCACAGUGUGGCAAGCGGGCAGGCAGGAGCACAUUAGAAAAGCAAUAUUUUUUACAUGGAAUUUUAAAGCACACCGUCUUUUUUGUUUUUUAAUCAAUUAUACACAAAUAUGUCCCAUUGAAUAUGCAUGUCUAGAGAAGAUGGGGAAGGGGUUUAAGCAAUCAUUUUCUCGAGGACUCUGUGAAAAUCACCACACAGAUGGUAAAACUGAACAAGUCCCCUUUGGGGGCUUCGUUUAGAUGGGGUCAAUAGAGAAAUCUUAAGUUCAGAAAAGCACAUUGAUGUCAAUGCCAGCUAUAAGGUCUUGACCAUUUCUGAGUUAAGGAGAAGGUUCAGUUUGCUGCAGAGAAAUGGAAUUAACUAGGAAAUCCAGUCCAGUGAAGCACACCACGAUAUAUUUAGGCGGAGUCCAGUUAUAUCAGCUACUUCAACCGGGCCAAAAAAACAUCAAUCUGAGUGAGCUUCCUCCUGGGGACAGAUUACUGUCACCUAGAAGCCACCUGGUUUCCUCCGUAUCCUCAUGGUAAUCCCUGGUCCUCUCCUUUCAUAGCACCCAUGAGCAAAUGUCUGCUGGUGGCUCCUGACUGUUGAGCUUUCUCGCCAGGCCGCAGCAGGACUGUGAGAGUGGGGAAGGAAGGGAGGGGCCUGCCCUGGGCUGACAUCUCGUUCCAUUGGAAAAGACUUCCUUAAGCUUCCAUAUUCCUUGGGGCCCACAUGUGCAUGGCUCAUAUUCAGUAGCUCCCACAGGUUAUCUAAGAAAUUGUUCUAAAAUUCUCUUCCGUGAAUGUCCCCUUUUACGAAAAGGAAAGGCAUCAAAGUUUGGAAAGCCUCACACUGAAAACUCGAAAGAUUUGAGUUCUCACUGUGGCUGGCAUGCCAAUUUGCUUUGUGCCAUUGGUGAGUCACGAAACUUCUCUGGGCCCCAAUUUCAUCAUCUCUGAAAACAGAAAUCAUCAUACAACCUACCUUCUGGGGCUGUUGCACAAAGAAUAGCUAUCGGAUGUUUUGGAAUCCAAUUUGUAAUCCUGAAAGGCUGUCUAGAGACAUGGUGCCGCAAACUGCUUUAUGCCGCUGGGAUUCAUAAGAAAGGCUCAGCGUCCCAGGGCACCAACACUGACGUGAUGGCGCUGCUCAGGGGUGCAGAAAAUGGAGCAAAUAAUGAGCUGAAAGUGCUUUAAAUGGAUUUAUUUUGACCUUCAAAACACAUUUAAGCGCAAAAAACUACAUUAAUAAAUGUUCUAGCCCAGUGCUUCUCUAUCGUUUGUGUGAAUACAAAUCAUGAUCUUGUUAGAAUACAAUGGGGCUGAGUGGGACCUGAGAUUCUUUGUUUCUAACCGGCUCCCAGGGGAUGCUGACGCUGAUGCUGCUGAGCCAGGGAGGACCACACUUUGAGGAGCAAGGCUCAGACCUAGCCUUACCGUUUGUGUAUUAAAAAGCUGUCUCUCCAUCAUCUGUCUCAAUGUUUUCUUGCACUUCUCUGCUCUUGGUUCUGGGGAGCUUGUAGUGCAAGUCUUGUUGGCCGUUGCAUCUCUGCAGACAGCAACAGGGGGUCCAUGCCCUAUGUUGCCAGUUAAGGGUCUCGUUCUGUAUCUUACAGGAGGGUGGCAGCUUUCAUUGGGUCACUUUAAAAAGAAUAAAUAAAUCUCUCAUGAGUCAAACUGGUCUUCCUAGAGCUUGAAGACUACUACUCACCUUUAUCAAAAAGAUUUUGUCCAUCCUUUCUAAGAUUUUUAACACUUUUAAUCUUGAGUUUGGAAUAAGAACACAUGAUCUCAUCCCUUAUAGCCAUUUCAUUCCAUGGGGGUGUCUGAGCCCAGACUUGGUGAGAUGAUCAAGCACAACAUACAGCUCCCCAGCCCCCUUUUCCACCCUGUUACUCUCUUACAGCUCUAGAAAUCAUUCAACAAGUAUCUAUUGAACACCUGCCUAACACUGCUCCCAGCACUAGCUUUUAGAAAAUAGCAAUGACCUCUUCUACAUGAUCCCAAAUUCCAUCUUUCCAGGACCUUAAACCAAGACCCCUCUGAUUAACACAUUUGUCAAGUGCCUAGCACAGCCAAGCCUUCAAACAACAUAAAUCAGGCUUCCUGGAGUCCAGAACCAAGCUCAGGUCUGGAAAGACCCCAGAUUUUUUUAUCCUCCUCAAUACCUUCAUGGUGCUUCGGGAGGCAAAACACACAUACAAUGGUAAAGAAUAAGACCAGGCAACAUUGCUGAUGCCACCAAUAUUUACGGAGUGCCCACUGUGUGCAGGCACUGAGCCACAUUAAAGACAUCAUAGUAGGCACAGUACAUUCUGUCACCUCACCAUCUACUUGAGAAAACAGAAUGGUAAGAAGUAGAACAGGGGGUCUUAGGAAGUCAGGGGAGGCUUCCUGGAGGAAGUGGCAUCUGAACUGAAAACUGAAAGAUUAGUGGUCGUUAGCCAGAAAAAGGAAGAGUGAAACAUGAGGAGAGGCGAGAGUGUGCCACGCAAAGAGAACAGUCCUGCCAAGGCUGAAGGAGAGCAAGUAUUUGGGAACCUUCAUUCAGUUUAAUAGGACUGCUGUAUAGAAUUUUAAUGAGACGUUGAGUUCAAAGGGUGGAUUUGGAAGAGAGAAACUGAAAAGACAUGAACAAGAUCAUAAAGUGCCCUGAAAACCAUGGUAAGGUGUUAUGGACUGAAUUGUGUCCCCCGGAAAGAUAUGUUGAAGUCACAACCUCUGUACCUGUGAAUGUGGCCUUAAUUGGAAUUAGGGUCAUUGAAGUUAUCAGUUGACAUGAGGUUAUACUGGAGUAGGGUGGGUUCUAAUUCUAUGUGACUGGUAUCCUCAUUAAAAAGAAAUACACAGAGACAGAGAAAGGACAGCCAUGUGAUAAUGGACACAGAUGUAGCUGUUAGUCAAGGAACAGCAAGGAUUUCCAUGAGCCACCACCAGAAGGUAGGAAAAGGGCAUGGAGCAGAAGGAAUCAACGUGACCAAUACCCUGAUUUGGACUUCUAGCCUCCAGACUGUAAGACAACAAAUUUCUCUUCUUAUAAGCCACCCACUUUGUGGUAUUUUGUUAUGACAGCCUUAGGAAACUAAUACAUAAGGAAUGUUCACUUUAUUCUAAAAGCAAUGGAGAGCUAUUGGAAGUCAGAUUUAAGACUGAGAGAUUCAUUUAUCUAACAUUCAUUUAGCACAUAUUUAUUAGCUUCCUAAGAACCAAAUCCAUUACCGCCAAGUUGAUUCCAACUCAGUGUUCCUAUAGUACAGAGUAGAACUGCCCCAUAGGGUUUCCAAAGAGCAGCUGGUGGAUUCAAACUGCCAACCUUUUGUUUAGCAGCUGAGCUGUUAACCACUGUGCUACCAGGGCUCCAUUAGGUACCUACUCUCUUCCAAGUACUACUGUAUUGGGGGCUGGAGAUAUAUUGGUGGGCAAGAUAGAGACAGAGCUUAUAGUUUAGCAGGGAAGAAAGACAAGUCAUUAUGACACAGGGUGAUGUAUAUUGAGAACAGGAAAGUACAGGGACUGUGGGAGUGCAGGGUGCUAUGGGGAUGAGUAAGUGGACUAUUUGGCCUAGUCUAAGGGGGGAGAAUGUUCAGGAAGGCUUCCUGGAGGGAUAUUUAAGCUAUGAAGAAUAGGAGUAGGAGUUAGCCAGGCAAAGAGGAGCAAGAGAAAGUUCCAGGCAGAGGGAGAAUCAUGUACAAAACCCCAAGACAAGAAGCAGCAUUAAUUUGGAGCAUUAAAAGAAGUUCAGUCUUUCUGGAGUAGGAAAGGGAAAUAUUGUAAGAUAAGGGCAGAGAGAAAGUUCCGGUAACAAGUUUGGCCUUGAAGAAAAUAGGAAUGCAGAAAUCAACAGUUAGGUUUACAUUUUAGAAAGAGCAUUCUAGUUUUUUUGAGCAUGAAUGACAUGUAUUCAACAAACAUUUGUAGACUAUCUAUUCAAUGUCUGAGUUCCAGAGUUCAUGGUUUGGUGGACAAGACAGAUGUAAGCCUACAAUGACUUCGUAAUGUGAUAAACGAUGAAGGUCUGAAUAGUGCUGUGGAGACUGACUUGGCCAGAGGGAGUAAAGGAAGUCUCGCAGAGGAGGUGGUUGUUGACCUCAGCCGUAAGGAUGUGUAGGAGUUUGCCAGAGCAUUGCAGAUAGAACAGCAGACAUAAAUAUGUGAAGUGUGAGAAGGCGUAGCAUGUCCAGGGAAUGGAGAGAAUUUCAGAAUGACUUCAGUUUGGGCUGCAUGGGAAAAGUGACUGGAGAGGAUAUUUGAGAGGGAAGCUGGGAGCUGUGUCCUGAGAAGCCUUAUAUGUCAAGAAUAGGAAUUUCGACUUGAGUUUGAACUUCAGGUGGGAUCACAGACCCCUUUGAGAAUCUGAAACUCUCUUCAGAAAAAUGCAAAAUUUGCAUGUGAUUUCAGUGAUUUAAGAAUCUGCAGUAAAAAUCGCACCCCUGUGGGCAGUGGGGAGCCACUGAAAAAUUUUAAACAAUAGAGCCAGAUUUGCACUUUAGAAUGAUCGUAGAAACAACUUGCUUGGGAGAAACUGGAGGAGAGGCUAGAGGCAAGGGGAUGAGGCAGGGAAUUCUCAUGGGACACUGGUUAUAAAAAAGUAAGGGCCCAGGCCACGGUGGUACCAGUGGGGAUAAAGGAUGAGUCUCUAUAGGAAAGGCGUCAGACAUGGGGAUAUGCCAGGAUUUGGUGACAAACUGGAUGCCGGAGAAGGGUCAAAUAUGAUUGACAAGAGAAUGGUAGCACCAUUGUCCCCAACAUUCAUUCUUUCCUUCCGCUUUAAUAAUGGAACCCCCAAUUUUUAGUUAGACAUGUGGCCAUCAGAAUAGAGACUCCAUUUCCUAGCCCCCACUGCAGCUUGAUGUGGCCACAUCACUAAGUUCUGGCUGAUAGUACGUGAGUGGAAGUGAUGUAUGCAAACUCCAGCUUCUGCAUUUAAAGGGCAGGAGAAAUGCAUUUCUCCCUUCCCACUGGCUGGAACAUGGUGGUGAAUCUCUUGACCCGUAAAGAUGAGGUCAACACCCUAGGGGUGAUAGACCAGCAAAUCAGAAAAAGCUUAGGUGCCCAACACCGUGAAGGUGCCAUAUCUGCUCUGAAUUGCUUAUUUCUCAACUGAUACGUGAGCAAUAAUCUUCUAACUUCUCUAAACCAAUGUACACCUCAAUCUAUGUUUCAGUAGGAGUUGGACACUCAGCACACUCAGCAUCCAUGGCGGUCUCAGGUGAGUGGAUGGGUGUGUGGAUUUCAGUGAAGGACGGGCCUGGGUGGAAAAGCCUGGGAAGGCCUUUCAGAAGGAGCAUCCUUUCAAUGGCUAGAGAAGGUAUAAUGGAUAUCUCCUUACAGUGCUGGUCUAUGUUCAUGGCACACAGUGAAAUCACCAGCCCACAGCCCUGCAGAAGUUAUAACCUAAUACGUUGCUCUAGCAGAUUCCUGGACACAGGCUUUGUACCACAAGGUAGCCAGUUCCCAAGAAAAUCAGUGCCUGUGAAAUGGCCUGGUAUGGAACUAUGAGCAAGACGAUGGAAUUACCUGAGGAAUUUGAAUGGAGAAACACAUAGAGUUUCAGACAAUAGCAGUGGGUUAUGGUUAUGGAGUGAAAAGAGAGAGAAAACAUGAGGCGGUGUGAGGCAUAGAGAGAGGGAGAGAGUUUGGGUGCGUAACUGUUGAGACAGGUUGAAAGUAUGUAUGAGCAAGGAGAAGCUAUGAGGUAGACAAAAGACUGAGAACAAAUAGAAGAAUAAGCCUAGAUAGUAGACACCCAUUGAGCUGUCUGCCAGGUAUGCAUUUCCUAGGAAUUUCCCUUUCUGUCCCCACUCAACUGCAGCAGGGUCUGCCAUGUUCCUACAAGAAAUCUCGACCCCUGGUCAUCUAAGGAUGGACACUGGAUGUUACCUGGGCCAAUCAGGUCCCUUCCCAGGAAUUGUGGAGCUGGGAUUUAGGAGAGUGAUUCAGUCUCCUUUCUGAUUGUCUGGGCUUUAACAGCAGCUGCUCGUGGCCAGGUUCAGUCUCGUGGACUGAGGAGCAAAAACGUUAUGACUGUUCAGCCAGAGAGAAUGAAGCAGAUGUUUAGAGCAAAGCAGGGCAGGGACACUGUCUUAGUUACCAGUACAAGUGGGUGACUUUAAUGUUCUGGAGGCUAAGCCCAAAUCAAAGUCUUAGCUGUGUCAAUUCCUUCUGUAAGCCUCUCUCCUGGUAUCUGCCAGAGAUCCUUGAUGUUCCUUUGCAUGUAGACAAUCCUCGCAUGUCAUCUGUCUUUCCCUAUGUGUUCAUGUCUUUGUGACUAUUCCGGUGUUUUACAACCCAGAAGUGACAAGACUUAGGGUCCACCCUACACUGAUAAGACCUCAACUGAUGGAUUAUCUUACAAUAUGGAAAGUAAUUACAUUACAUGCAGUUACAUUAUGUUACAUUACAUUACAUUUCAAGAAAGGUAAUCUGCUCUACCCCAAGGCCAACUGAUUUGAUCACAUGUAACCACUUGACAGUAGCUAGUGUUUGGCCAAAACAUUGGGAACUAUAGUCUAGCCAUGUUGACACAUAACACAGAAAUGGAACAAGAACUUCCUGGCUUCACCAGAGCAACCCCCUUGUUUCUUUCCUAAUGCACCAGUACAUACCUACUUUUGAAUUCCAUACUUAGUCUACUUGUUUAUGGUGGGAGGCAACCAAGUCCAUGGUGACUGGAAUCAGAUCUCACAGGUAUUGAAUCUCAGCUGGGCCACAUGACUGCUCAAGCUCUUGAUCUGUAAAAUGGGCAAUAAUAGUUCCUCCUCCAUCUUGUAAACAUUCAGCUGGAUCAAGCACCCAGCAUAGGGUUUGGCCCAUCUGGCAGGUGCUCACUAUACAGUAGUGUACUUCCCAUUUUCCCUGGCUGUUUGAUCCUUUUUCCCAGCCUCAGCUCCAUAAAAAUAGAAGCUCGUCUUUACUGAGUACUUAGUCCUGCUCAGGCACUAGUCUUAAGGGCUUCGUGUGUAUGAACUCAUUUACCCCUCACAAUGACUCUAUAAGAUAUUGUUUUAGUUACCUAGUCUGCUGUAACAAAAAAAUACUACAAGUGGGCGGCUUUAAAGGUUAGAAUGUAUUGUCUUACAGUUUUGGAGGGUCUUGGCCACAUCAAAUCCUUCUAUGGGUCUUUCUUCCAGUCCCUUAUGUCUACCGGCAAUCCUUGGUGUUACUUUGCUGCUUUUAUAUCCAUCUGUCUCCCUGGUCACAUGGUGCUUCUCCCUGUGUGUGUCUGUUUUUCCUUUUUAUAAGACACCACUUAGAAGGGGUUAGGUUUAGGACCCACCCUAAUCCGAUAUGGGCUCAUUAAAAUAACAACAGCAACAAAAAAAAGUUGCCUUCAAAUCGAUUCCGGCUUAUAGCAACCAUAUAGGACAGAGUAGAACUGCCCCAUAGAGUUUCCAAGGAGCUUCUGGUGGAUUUGAACUGUCGAUCCUUUGGUUAGCAACUGUAGCACUUAACCACUAUGCCACUACGGUUUCCUACAUAACAAAAGAACCCCAUAUUUCCAAACAGGGUCAUAUUCACAGGUACAGGGGCUAGGACUUCAAUAUAACUUCUGGGGGAAAAUAAUUAAAUUCAUAGCAGGCUGUUGUUGUUGGGUGCUGUCAGGUUGACGCCAACUCACAGCAACCUCAUGUGACAGAGGAGAACCCCUCAUCGGGUUUUCUUGGCUAUAAUCUUUAAGGAAGCAGAUUGAUGAGUCUUUCUCUCGCAGGGCCACUGGGUAGGUUCAAACUGCCAACCUUUCAUUUAGCAACUGAACGCAUAACCCUUGAGCCAAGACAUAGGUACUAUAAUUACCUGUUUUACAUAUUAGGAAACUGAAGCACAGAGAGGUUAAGUAACCAUUCAAGGCCAUGCAGCUAGGAAACAGCAGAUACAGGAUUUAAAGCCAGGAGAUCUGGCUCUAUGACUACAUUCCACUGCCUGUCCAGAGCUCUUCUUUUUCUCUUGUCCAUAACUCCGACUGGGAGGGGGGUGUCUGGAGCAGUGGAUGGACUCUGCUACCAGAACAAAGAUGUUUAAGGGACCCAGCAUUAAGUCAUCAGCUGACCUACAAGUCCUGCUGGGUAGCCGCAGGACAGAGGAGAUAAACAGGCAGAGUGUGAGGGACUGAAACAGCUGAGGAGUUGGGAUGCCCACACGCUCAGCAUUCCUGGAGAAUAAAGUUGCUUUCCAUCCAGGGCAUUGGUGGUCUGAACCAUAUGCAGCUUCUGUUGCCCCCCAAGGAGAGAAUUCCCUACAGCUCCAAAUCAAUUCCUUCACUCCCCUCCUACGGUGGAAACAGAUGGGCCUGGAAGUGGAGACCAGCCAGUGUCUGAGGGAGGGUCCCCCACCUGACUUCACUCUGCCCAGUCUCCACGUCCCCCACCCCAUCCCACUUCUGUGCUCUGUGAGACCUGGAAAUGGUUCCUGGGCCUUUGCUCUGAAGCAAACAGAACUGUUCUAUUGUGUAUUAGGGCACAUUCCCCAAUCCUCAUGUUGCCUUAGUGGUAAGGGAAUUUCCGCUCUUUUCCCCAGGAGGGAAAACUAUGGGGAGGAAACUGUCCUCAGGAGCCCCUCCCCCCACCCCCAGUGCUCAGGGAAAGAGGAGGACACACCCCAUCAGUGAGCUUGGGAGCAAGAGGAGCAAGGCUCAAGCCCUGUCUCUGUUCUAUCUGCUGUGGAGAGGACUCAAACUGGUCUUCUUUGGUCUUCUCUCCACCCCUUGUCAGUUCAGCAGAGCAGGCCUGUCCCUGGUGAGGGGACACUGCUGGCCAAGCCUUAGAAUGUGCAUUGUGUGUCUAAGCCAUGUCCUCCUUUCAUGGUGUAAUCUGUAAUAAAGUUGAUUAGUAAACCUGUCUGUCGUUUUAUCUUUCAAUGGGUUCCCAACUUGAGAGAUAUAAAAAGAGAUGCUCUUUAUUAUCCACUUCCCCUUCCCCUUCCACUCCCUGCACCACCCGCAAGCCCCACACACUCCCCAUUCAGCACACUUGGUUUCUGGAUAAGGUCUAGCCUGGUCCAGCUAAACCAAAUAAAUCUCAAAUCCAUUGCCGUCCAAUCUAUUCCGACUCAUAGCAACCCUAUAUGACAGAAUAGAACUGCCCCCAUCAGGCUUCCAAGGCUGUAAAUCUUUACAGAAGCAGACUGCU